AACUUUUUGAAUAGUUCUACAUUUUAAUUUAAUUUAUGAGAGUUUAUCGGGAUUUUUAGCAUAAAAUUGUUAAAUUUUUUUACUCGUAAAGUGUUGAUAGUCAAAAUUAUCAAGUUUUUAGUGUUUUUUACUGCAAUAUAGGCACAUUAAAAGAAGAAAAUGAAAAGUUGAAAAAUUGUGAAUUUUAGUUUUCAAAAAAAAAAUUGGUUUGAGACACAAACAACAAAAUAAUAAUGUAAAAUAAGUUGUAAAGCAUAUCGCUGUCUAGUUCCAUAAAUAGUGCAACAUAAUUAAGUGCAAGAAAAUGGAUCGUCGAAAUGGGGGCUCAAAUUCUCAUCAAAAAAUACGAAUUACAAUUCUUGGAGCAAGGAAUCUCGCUCGAAAAGACUUGUUUAGACUUCCUGAUCCUUUUGCAAAAGUCGUCGUUGAUGGAGGUCAAGUUUUCACGACGGAAGCAUGCAAAGCAACAGUUGAUCCAAAAUGGAGCUCUCAUUACGAUCUGUUUUUGGCGAGAGGCGAUGGAGUAACGAUAUCUGUGUGGAAUCAAAAGAAAGUGCUUAAAAAUUCUGGAAGUGGCUUUAUGGGAUGUGUGAGAAUAACAGCAUCAACUGUUCAAAGACUCAAGGAUACUGGAUAUCAGAGAUUAGAUUUAUGUAAAUCAUCUCCUGAUGAUCCAACGCCUGUAAAAGGACAAAUUAUCAUUUCAAUGUUGUCUCGUGAUGCUGUAACUGGAUCUGGAGGAAAUCCAUUAGCAAUUGUUGGUCCGGCAGGUGAUAUUCGUGGACCAGAUGAUGAUGAUUCAAAUAAUUCCGAACCGAGACAAAAUAAUAAUAAUAAUAAUAGUAACAGCACUAAUAUAACAAGCAAUUUACCUGAUGGAUGGGAAGAAAGAAAAACGGUAGAUGGACGAAGUUAUUAUGUAAAUCAUGUAUCAAGAACUACACAAUGGUCACGUCCUACACAGCCAGCAACAAGUAAUGCUUCUAGUAAUGCAGUACCACAAACGCCUGUCACAAACGGACAUCAUGCAACUGAAUCGAAUAGUAAUAACAAUAGUAGCAGUAAUAAUAAUUCUAGCAACACACAACAAAACAAUAAUAAUAAUAAUAAUAAUAAUAGUAGUAAUAAUAAUAAUCAAUCUUCGGGUCCUGGACCAUCGCGGUCAACGACAAUGAGUAAUAUCGAGCAGAGUCCAUCAAAUGGAAGUCUCAAUAAUUCAAUAAUAACCGAAGUUACAGGACAUCGACGACAUUCAUCCGAAAAUAUUAUAGGAACUACAACAUCAACACAAAUUGGUGAUAUCAGUAAUAGUAGUAGCACAAAUAGUAUUGAAAAUAAAGCAUCAUCACCAACAUCAGCAGCAAAUCCUAUAUCAACUAUUAUAUCUUCCCCACGUAAUUCCAUUCAUAUUCAAAAUGUUAAUAAUCUAGCAUCAAAUUUGAGUUCUUUAGCAAUUGAAAGUAAUACAAUUUCAAGUGACUCAAAUCAGCAGCAGCAGCAAAACAUAACGCCUGCAAACGUUAAUAGUAGUGUAAGAGUUCUAAAUAAAUCGACCAAUUUAUCACCAACACAGCAACAACAAGUGCCUCCAAAUAUUAAUCCAAACUUCACUGCCCCAAUCAAUUGUGAACGAAGCCGUUCGCCAUCAACGAAUUUACAGCCAAGGAAUGACGACAAUUCGCAGUCAUCAACGCCACAAAGAUCAGCAGAAGUGAUUCAAAAUCGUAAUGCCACUGAUGCACAAAGAGCACGAAGAACGUCUAGAACCGCUGAAGAAUCGCAAAGAAGACAACGACAAAGACAAUUGCGACAAGUUCCAAUAAUUGGUUCAGUUCGGCCAAGCAUAGUGAGACCAGCUAUCGAUUUACCACCUGGAUACGAAAUGAGAACGACACAACAAGGUCAAGUUUACUUUUUCCACAUUCCAACUGGCGUAUCUACAUGGCAUGAUCCGAGAAUUCCACGAGAUUUCGACAUACAGUCUCUGACUGUCGAUCAGUUGGGUCCACUUCCGAGUGGAUGGGAGCAAAGGAAGACAGCAAGUGGACGUGAUUAUUUUGUAAAUCAUAAUAAUAGGACAACACAGUUUACAGAUCCAAGACUAAAUGGACAAGUUUUAAAUGCUUUGAGACGUUCAGCAGCUGUUCAGGCAAAUACCAGUUCUGCUCAACCGCAAGUUUCAAACGGCCCAACUGCAAUCAUUCGACCAAAUAAUGUUGUCGAGCAUCGAUCAAAUAUUAUUACUAAUACAGCCGUUACGGGAAAUCUAUCGUCCACAUCACAUCCGACGACUGGAACUAAUAUCAUUUCUAAUUUACCAAUAGAAUUACUCGAAAGUGAACUGCCUAAAUAUCGAAGAGAUUUAGUUGGUAAGUUAAAGGCUCUCCGUUCUGAAUUACAAACGCUCCAGCCACAAUCAGGACAUUGUCGACUCGAGGUAUCACGUGCAGAGAUUUUUGAGGAAAGUUAUCGAUUAAUAAUGAAGAUGCGACCAAAGGAUAUGAGAAAACGACUGAUGGUUAAAUUUCGAAAUGAAGAAGGCUUGGAUUAUGGUGGAAUCGCACGAGAAUGGCUUCAUUUAUUGUCUCGAGAAAUGCUUAAUCCACAAUAUGGACUGUUUCAAUACUCAAGAGAUGAUCAAUAUACACUACAAAUCAAUCCUGAUUCGAGUGUCAAUCCCGAUCAUCUCUCAUAUUUUCAUUUUGUUGGAAGAAUAUUAGGCAUAGCUGUUUUUCACGGACAUUGCUUAGACGCUGGAUUUACAUUACCAUUCUAUAAACAGCUCCUGAAUAAACCGAUUACAUUGCCUGAUAUUGAAGCCGUUGAUCCAGAACUUCAUAGAAGUCUGACAUGGAUACUGGAAAAUAACAUUUCAAAUGUAAUAGAAUCAACGUUCAGCGUAGAGAAUAAUAGCUUUGGCGUCUUAAAAGUACACGAAUUAAAACCUAACGGACAACAAAUUACAGUAACUGAAGAUAAUAAGAAGGAAUAUGUGAAACUUUACGUCAACUAUAGGUUCAUGAGAGGAAUAGAACAGCAGUUUUUGGCCUUGCAAAAAGGUUUUUGUGAAUUGAUACCGAAUCAAUUGUUACGUCCAUUUGAUGAACGCGAGCUUGAAUUAGUGAUUUGUGGAAUAAGCAAUAUUGAUGUUAAUGAUUGGAAGCAAUAUACUCGUCUUAAACACUGCACGCCUGAAACUCCACAAGUUCUAUGGUUUUGGCAGGUGGUUGAAUCAUAUGCAUCAGAGAUGCGAGCAAGACUGCUACAAUUUGUGACUGGCUCGUCGAGAGUUCCACUGCAAGGAUUCAAAGCACUCCAAGGAAAUACUGGCGCUGCAACUCCACGUCUAUUUACAAUUCAUUUAACGAAUGACGUUCCAAUACAGAAUUUACCGAAAGCACACACAUGCUUUAACCGGAUUGAUUUGCCACCGUAUGACAGUUAUCAAUUAUUGUAUGAUAAAUUGAGUCAGGCAGUCGAGGAAACAUGUGGAUUUGCCGUGGAGUAAAGGGUAUAAUCGUGCACAUUUUUUUUUUUUUUAUUAAUUGUAUACAGACAUCAAACACACAGCAUAUUUUAAUUAAAAUUAUUAUUAUUAUUUUUAUUUUAUAGACAAAAUUUUCAGUAAAAAAAACAUUGAAAGAACUUUAUAUAUUAUGAAUUACGUGAAUUUAUAUUAAACACAAUAUUAUAAUAAUCGACAGAAUACUGAAAUGAAGGAAUGAAAGUUAUGAAGAGC